AUGAAUGAAGAGUUAAUCAAUAGUGCUGUGACUUUUUUAAAAGAUCCUAAUGUUGCAUCAUCUCCACUUACAAAGAAAAUAGAAUUUCUUGAAUCAAAAGGUUUAAAUCAACAAGAAAUUGAAGAUGCUUUAAAAAGAGCUAAUGAAGCGGAGUCUACACCAUCUACACCAACUUAUUCUUCACAAAAUUCUUCUUCACAACAACUACCAUUAGAUUAUUAUAAUAUUGCCCCACCGGUUCCUGAAAGAUCAUGGAAAGAUUAUUUUAUCAUGGCUACAGCAACUGUUGGUGUUACAUAUGGAUUAUAUCAAGUUAUAUCAAAAUACUUAGUCCCUUCAAUCUUACCUCCAUCAAAUUCAUCAAUAGAACAAGAUAAAGAAAUUAUAAAUUCAGAAUUUCUUAAAAUAGAUAAAGUAUUAGAACAAUUAACAAAAGAACAAGAAGAAAUUAAAAUUUCAAAUGAAGAAAAAAUUAAAGAUAUUGAUACUGUAAUAGAUAAUAUAAAUGAUUUUUUAACAAAAUAUAAUAAAGAUAAAUUAAAAUUUGAUGAUGAUUUAAGAUUAAUGAAAUUAGAAGUUGAUAAUUUAAAUAAUAGUAUUGAAAAAAAUAUGAGAUUAAGUAAAGAAAAUAUUCAUGAUGAAUUAUCAAGUAUUAAUAAUGAAUUACAAAGUUUAAAGAAUUUAAUUAAAAUAAGAGGUGAACAAUCUCUGAAUAGUAAGAAUAUUGCUCCUGUUUCUUCAAUACCAAAAGCAAGUGAUAUUUUGAAAAAAGCAAAAGAACCAGCAGAAAAACCACCAUUGGAAAAAAAACCUUCAUUAGAACAAAAACCUCCAUUGGAACGUUCUGAAAGUGUUACAAAAGGUAAUGUUGUUGCAGCUGGUAUUCCAACUUGGCAAUUAAAACAUAAAGAACAAGAAGAAAAAGAAUUAGGACCUCCAAGUGAAUCUGAAAUUGAUAAUAAAAUUAAAUCUGCAGGUAUACCUUCAUGGCAAUUGAAUAGUAAGUAA